AUGAUCAUCUACCAGGACCUCAUCAGCCAUGAUGAGAUGUUCUCCGAUAUCUACAAGAUCCAGGAGGUCGAGGACGGCCUGUGUCUGAGGGUGGAGGGGAAGAUGAUCAGUAGGACAGAGGGUAACAUUGAUGACUCGUUCAUUGGUGGAAACGCCUCCGCUGAAGGCCCCGAGGGACAAGGCACCGAAAGCACAGUAAUCACUGGUGUGGAUAUUGUCAUGAACCAUCACUUGCAGGAAAGCAGCUUCACAAAAGAAGCCAACAAGAAGUACAUCAAAGAUUACAUAAAGUCAAUUAAAGGGAAGCUUGAAGAACAGAGACCAGAAAGAGGAAAACCUUUUAUGACAGGGGCUACUGGACAAAUCAAGCACAUCCUUGCUAAUUUCAAAAACUAUCAGUUCUUUAUUGGUGAAAACAUGAAUCUAGACGGCAUGGCUGCUCUGCUGGACUGCAGUGAGGAUGGUGUGACCCCAUAUAUGAUUUUCUUUAAGGACAGUUUAGAAAUGGAAAAAUGUUAA